AUGUUUUGCAGGGAGAAUCUGCGCGAAAAACUGUCCCACUGGAAUGCAUUCGAAGCGGCCAUCAGUGAAGGUGAGGCCUUCCUGGAUCAUGAUCUGGCUGAUUGGUGGCAUCAGCGCCAAGGUCGCCCCUCCGUGGUGGCUCCGCCAGUUGAGGAAAGAAGAGGGCGCAAUCGAAAAGCGCGGAAGCGCACUAAAAUGCAGGCCAGCAUCCACACAACAGCUGCUGCAACCGACGGCGCUGCUCGUUCUACAGGCAGCAGACCUUCCUCUGACUGUCCCCAGUUUGGGGCGGCUGAAGUCGGUGCUAUGAUCGCCCAGCUCGAGACGAGGAGACAAAACCUGGAAAGUCUGGCAAUCCGGUUGGCUACACCAAGCCGACCCAUAAUCACACCGCGAGCUGUUCGAGAACGUUUAGAGCUCGCGGGCACGCCUCUUGAUAGGGCCUCCACGCUGGGUGACCUUGAGCAGACCAGUGGAGUUCCCGGCGAGGGGGCAGCACCCGAGACCAGUGGCGAGAAACUGCGAAGACGUUCGCGGGCCUUGCUGGCAAGGUACCAUGAGGAGGAAGAAAGACUGAAGCUCCUGAAUGUGUGCAUGCGUGAUUGGGACCUGCGCUGGGAUCAGCAACGCCUUUGCGAGUCCGAGACAGCCGCGUGGCUUCGCGCUAAAGAGGCAGAAAUUAACCAGCUCCUUCUCAGCAAACCCGUAAUCGGCGCUCACGAAGACGCCUUCUCCAGACUGGCUGUCGCCUUC